GCCAGGAGUGGGCUGGACCGGACGCCAGAGACAAAGGCUCUCAAGACAAGAGGGACUGUGGCCCUGCGACGGCGCUGCUCGGGAUUUUUAACCCCAGGACUUUUCGCCCCUUCGUUUUUCUCUUCUGACGCUUCUCUCGUCUUAAGCCCGCGUCCCCUUACCCACGACCUCGCUCCUCACCGGGAGGGCCGCGAUGGAGGUCCCGCCCCGGCUUUCCCAUGUGCCGCCGCCAUUGUUCCCCUCCGCUCCCGCUACUUUAGCCUCCCGCAGCCUUUCCCAUUGGCGGCCACGGGCGCCGCGGCAGCUCGCCCCUCUCCUCCCUUCGCUCGCUCCCAGCUCCGCCCGGCAGGGGGCGCGCCGGGCCCAGCGCCACGUCACCGCCCAGCAGCCCUCCCGAUUGGCGGGCGGGGCGGCUAUAAAGGGAGGGCGCAGGCGGCGCCCGGAUCUCUUCCGCCGCCAUUUUAAAUCCAGCUCCAUACAACGCUCAGCCGCCGCUGCUGCCGCGACCCGGACUGCGCGCCAGCACCCCUCGGCCGACAACUCCGCCACCAUGGAGGACAUGAACGAGUACAGCAACAUAGAGGAAUUCGCAGAGGGAUCCAAGAUCAACGCGAGCAAGAAUCAGCAGGAUGACGGUAAAAUGUUUAUUGGAGGCUUGAGCUGGGAUACAAGCAAGAAAGAUCUGACUGAAUAUUUGUCUCGAUUUGGGGAAGUUGUAGACUGUACAAUUAAAACAGAUCCAGUGACUGGAAGAUCGAGAGGAUUUGGAUUUGUGCUUUUCAAAGAUGCUGCUAGUGUUGAUAAGGUUUUGGAACUGAAAGAACACAAACUGGAUGGCAAAUUGAUAGACCCCAAAAGGGCCAAAGCUUUAAAAGGGAAGGAACCCCCCAAAAAGGUUUUUGUGGGUGGAUUGAGCCCAGAUACUUCUGAAGAACAAAUUAAAGAAUAUUUUGGAGCCUUUGGAGAGAUUGAAAAUAUUGAACUUCCCAUGGAUACAAAAACAAAUGAAAGAAGAGGAUUUUGUUUUAUCACAUACACAGACGAAGAGCCAGUAAAGAAAUUGUUAGAAAGCAGAUAUCAUCAAAUUGGUUCUGGGAAGUGUGAAAUUAAAGUUGCACAACCCAAAGAGGUAUAUAGGCAGCAACAGCAACAACAAAAAGGAGGAAGAGGUGCUGCAGCUGGUGGACGAGGUGGUACUAGGGGUCGUGGACGAGGUCAGGGCCAAAACUGGAACCAAGGAUUUAAUAACUAUUAUGAUCAAGGAUAUGGAAAUUACAAUAGUGCCUAUGGUGGUGAUCAAAACUAUAGUGGCUAUGGCGGCUAUGAUUAUACUGGGUAUAACUAUGGGAACUAUGGAUAUGGACAGGGAUAUGCAGACUACAGUGGCCAACAGAGCACUUAUGGCAAGGCAUCUCGAGGGGGUGGCAAUCACCAAAACAAUUACCAGCCAUACUAAAGGAGGACGUUGGAGAAAACAGGUGUGUGUAAGAGUACAAGAAACCAGUGGAAAUGUCUAAUUUAAUUUAAAGAUCAAUAGACAAAUGAAAAAUAAGUAAAAACAAAAUAUUAUGUAGUCUGUUUUUACUAAAUUGUUAACUUUUUAAUUGCUUUAUGAGCCUGUUUUGCCUAAAGUGUCUAUAGAUCUUUAACUUUAAAGUCUUAUCUCACUUUCUUUAGUACUACAGAAAAACUUAAGAGUUUUUCUGUUUGCUUUGUGUACCAGGUGGUCUAGAGGAAUAAUUAAACUUUUUUAGAACUAUUAACAGGUAAAGUACUGAAAUGGGUACAACUUAAGGAAAACAAGAAUGUUGUCUUCUAACUCUGACAUUAUACCUUGUUUGUACCCGCCAGCGGGAACUUCAUUGCAGGCCGUGUGUCACCCUGACCACGUCUAUCUCUGGGGGUCGCACGUUGCGGGCAGAGCGCAAGGCAUACACCAGAAAACGCUGUCCUGUGGUAUGGUCUCUUCCAACUUCAUGUACCAGCGUAAAGAUUAAAGUGGAAAACUUCAGACUUUGGCUUCUUUUUUAAUCUUUUUGAAGAUUAAGUGUCUAAACUUAACUUAAAUGGUUUUUUACAGGAGUUAAAGUACAUAAAUGCCUUUUUACAGCUUAAUCAUUUUUGGUCUUCUGUUUAGUGUUGUAUUUCAAUUGUGGAGCCUCAUUUUAAGUGUUCAUUCUUUAAGAUUUAAUGCUUGCUUUUUCUUUUUAUAGCUAAUAGUGAAAUCUACAAACCAAAACAAGAACUUUAAAAUCUGGGAUAUGAAUUAAAGAUCAUAUGCACACAGCAAUUUGUUUCCUUAAAAUACAAUAAGCCUAUUAGAAAUUCAUCUUUGUAAGAGCGUUUUUGGCUUACUAGAGAUACUUCUAGUAGACCUUAAUCUAGCACAGUUCAACCUGUGAAUAUGGGAAGAUUGCAUUCCCCAAUUCCUUAACUAAAUUUAAAUUUAGCAUCGUUUGGGAAUUCCAGGGUGAAUUUAUUAAAGACCCAAAUUACAUUUUGCCAUCGAAUAUGCAUGUGAUCUUUAAUUAUUGAAGAAAAGAAUAAAUUGAGGACUUAAAACAAUUCAUGAAAGUGGACCUUUGAAAGCUUUCAGAGUUGCACGAAACUAAUUGCUAUUUUGUUUUUGUUUUUAGGAGGAGAGUGCUAAAGUUAACCCAUCUUGCAGGACGACAUUGAAGAUCGGUCUUCUGUUGAUCUAAGAUGAUUAUUUUGUAAAAGACUUUCUAGUGUACAAGACACAACUGUGUCCAACUGUAUAUAGCCGCCAGUUAGUUUUCUUUGUUUUUACUUUGUCUUUUGCUAUCUGUGUUAUGACUCGAUGUGGAUUUGUGUUUAUACAAAUUUUAUUUGUAUGAUUUCAUGUUAAACCUCAAAUAAAUGCUUCCUUAUGUGAUUGUUUUUCUGCGUCAGGUACUAAAUAGCUCUGUAAAAGUGUAAUUUAAAAUAAGCAAUAAUUAAGGCACAGUUUAUUUUGUAGGGAGUAUUGGUCCGUAGGGAGAAACUGUGGUCCUUUAUGAAUAGCCAGCUACAGUGUCCUUCUGUUCCCCAUUUUUGUUAGAUGUAUAUUAUCCUCUAAGGCUUCAUUUCCCUGCUAAAUUGAGGCUUCUACCACACCUUUAACGUUUCUUCUCUGUAUAUCUGGAGACCUUGUCAUAAGGUUGUCAUUAGUGGAAGCUUUCUAGCAGACCAUGAAUCUUCUGGACUAGGUCUUGGAAAGUGCACCUUUUUGGCACAAAGCACGUUGGUAGCUCCUUUCAUGAAUAGAAAAGAUUGUGCUUUGUUCCUGUCUCUGGGAAGCCAUUUGUUAAAGAUAUGCUAAAUCAGACUUAAUCAGUGGCCUGCUAGAAAGAGCUUUGGCUAAUCAUAAUACCAUAAUGACUAGUUGUUUUCUUGGUUAAAAUGUCCAGAUACACCCAGGGAAAAGGCACUGUUAAACUGUAGGAGCUACAGUUUGAGUAUCAAAAACAGUUAAAUUUUAACAAGCAUUUUUGGCAGAUAGGUAUGAGGUGGUUAAAAUUUGAGCAAAAGUUAGGUUCAGGUAUUUGAAGUAGUGGCUGAGGAAAUUAGUUAUAUUCUGUUGGUAUUGUCACAGCAAGCACCAAGCUGAACAAAACGUUUUCUAUUGGGGCAUUUUUAGGAAGCUAUAUUGGGUGUUAACUGUUAACGUGGUGUGAGUUCUUAGAAAAAGUCAUGGUAGUAGAUUUCAUUUUUAAUGCAUUAGUGCAUGAACUGAGUAGUUAAGCAUACCCAGAUUCAGACAUAGGGAGGAUUAGUGGGGAAAAGUAUACUUUAAGUUUUACAUAGGUCAGUGCAAAUCUAAGCGAUAGUCAUUAAAACAUCUUGGUGCAUUGAAGAGCAGUUUUAGCCCUAGAUUUGGGAGAAUUUUCCUGGGUAAACCGAAGUUUUGAAUUUAACAUUCAGUGUAGUUGGAUUUAAGUUUUGUUUACUGUGGUUCCACAUUAGUCUAUAGGAUUGACAUACAUGUUCACAUGCGGAAUAGUUGACCUCAUCUUCAAAUGUAAAUUUUUUAUGCUGAUGAACCUGCCUUUUGUUUCAUUUGGUGCCUGCAAUUUUCUUUGUUCAAUGAUGUUUGUACUUGCUGGCUAUCAAGUUAAAUGCACUUGGCCUCCUUUUGCUCCUGUUUUGCUAUUUGACCGUAAACCUAGGCCAAGUACCAAUGUUGGUUAUUGCAAGGGACUGUUUAUUAUUUCAACAUGCAACCUUAGGGAACAAGGGAGAUUUUCGUUUUAAGUUAUGUUGUCAAAGUCUGUAGGUGCAGCGUCUUUAGGGCAGUGAAUCCUGUUAAGUUCAAAUUUAUGAUUAGGUGAGAAGUUGACAUUGAGAUUGUCCUUUCCCUGAUCAAAAAUGAAUAAAGGCUUUUUAAACAAAA